AUGGUAGAAAUAGUAGAAAUAGUAAAAAUAGUAGAAAUAGUAGAAAUGGUAGAAAUAGUAGAAAUGGUAAAGAUGGUAGAAAUGAUAGAAAUGGUAGAAAUAGUAGAGAUGGUAGAAAUG